AUGUCGUCUGGUUCAACUUCCGCCAUAUCAACGGCAUCCGAGGGCAAUUCUGGUGAAGUUAGUUCGGCGGCUCGUCGACUCACCCACCGGCGGCCCAAGAGAGCCACAAAUUCUUGUGCCAAGCGCAUCUGGCAGUCGAAUGGAAAACGGGCUUUGCGGGUGGACGACAUUUUCGAAGAAAGCGGCUCGGACGUCUCAGAACUUUCAAAGCCCCUCCGCACUUAUGCUGUCAAAGGAGAUCACUCACCAAGCCGUUCGCAGCAGAGUGAAACGGACAACAGUGCCAUCGAUUAUGCAUCCCCCACUGACAGAUCAGAAGAUGAUGCCUCUGCAACAGAAGGAAAGCAAUCGACUUCUCGAAAAUCGCCCAGCCAUUUCAUCAAAGAGUCGGUUGACAAGGAUGAGCAGAAUGCUGAAGGGACCGAGAAUGAAGAAGGCCUGACGACUUCGAAGACCGCUGUUGGGGAACGGGGCUUGCGAAUAGCCGACAAGUCUGCUACUUCUCGUCGUCUUUCACUGAUGCCUGUUCGUCUUCAGCGACGCGCUUCAAUUAUCGACUCGGGUGAGGAAUCAGGCGACGAAAAUGACGACAGUUUCGAAAUGCUCCCUGACCGCUCACCACAUGGCGCCAAUUCGUACGCAAAGUGUUCCCCAAAGUCUGUAGCCUUUAAAUGUAGCAAUGAACUUCCGCCCACCACACAAUUUUCGUCCGAAGAGGAUGGAGAAUGUGGUGGACGGUAUCUAGACUCCAGAAAACCCAAAGAUACACCCCUGUCAACCAUCGUCGGGGACAAAAUAACAUCUCCCGACAACUCCGUCGAUAAGUCGGAUAAGUGGCCUCUACUCGCUGCUUCCCUGAAACCUGAUGCUCCAACCAUCCUUUCGACGAACGACGAUGAUUCAGACAGCCUUGAGGUGGUUGAAACUAUCUCGAAACCGUACUCAUGGCCCACGAACCUCCUCAUAGAACACAAUUAUUUCCGACUGCCACUGGUGGGCGACAUGAUAAAAUACCGAGUUUCGAGAGAAUCCAGCACACACGGCAGAGUGCAACCUCCUUUGCCGGCAAACUGCACUCACGUGAAACAGCACUCUCCCGAAACGCGGUUCCAGCUCAAACCCGAGUCUUCCCAUCACAGCUCCUGGGCUGCACACUGUCCAGUGCAAAGUGAAGACCGCCAGCCAGUGAAUGCGGCUGCCGAUAAAUCUCCCCUAGGUGUCCUGCCUGCCUCUACUACUACUACUAUGAAGCAGUCAGUUCCACCGCCAGCAUACACCGCUGGUCGUAUAAGAGGCUCCCGGGAACUGGCAAAUCUUUUCACACCCGUCCAAAAGUCAGAAAUCGAACGGUCCGCCAAAUCCAUCGGGCGCCCCGCCGGUGAUUUUGACUAUCAGAAAGAUGAGGCGAAACCGGUGAAAGUAAAAUUUGCGGUACGACCAGAAGAGGAAAAAAUGAUCCUCACGUCCUUCCUGGACAUUGGCAUGGACAGUGAAGAUAUCGCCUUCAUGCACGAGCUCUUUGAAAUGAUUCGUUCUGCAGAGCACUCGUCCGCCUGCGCAUCUUCCCUCAACGCUCUCUUCUCUCACUGCAAAAUUCGCAGCCCAAACAAACUCACAGACUUGAUCAAAUCCACGGCCUGGGUAGAUCAUCCCACCUCUUUGAUUCCUGACCCAGUUGACGUCAAUGUUUUUGUCGAUCGCACCGGUCGCCUCCGUCCUGGCUGCGCUGCAUUUGCAGCCCCCGACUACUUCGGAAUAGAACGGGGUCUAAGUGGUUGGAAGCGGAGGAAGGACAUGCUCACCACUGAUUCUCGAAAUAACAAGGGCACUACCAUCGUCCCGCCUAGCGCCGGAGACCUUGUUAGACGCGGUUUGUUUGAGGAGAUCUACAGUGUGGAACAACGCCGUGUCCUGUCUUCGACUUCUGGCGCUUCAUACACAGGAUCUUCGAGGCAGCCAAUGGACGACAUUGACCUGCACAUGGGGCCGGCGGCGAAGAAUCCUCCUAUAAACUCUACA